AUGCCUGCAAGAGAGGGUGGCGAAGGCAUAGUGCCGACUCGUCCAUUUCGAAUCCUGGAUGCCCCUCUACUGCGAGAUGACUUCUAUUGUUCAACACUAGCAUAUUCGCCCACUGCUGGGGUUCUGGCUGUUGGACUCGCUCAUCAUGUGUAUCUGUGGUCUGAAGCUUUUGGGGUAGAGUAUCCGCCAUUCACAGAACAGCAUCCCUCGAACUACGUGGCUUCGUUAGCUUUCUCUUCUGAAGAUGGGGGCAAAAGCAUUCUAGCUGUUGGCCGGCGUAGUGGAAUGCUGACCCUAUGGGGCGUGUUUGAGGCUGAAGUGCGCUUUGAAAUCAGCCAUCCGAACAGUAUAACCUGCGUGGCUUUCCGACAGACAAAAACACGCCGAUUAUCAGAACGAUUCCACCACGUUGAAGUUGAUACCGAGGAUCUUGUUGUGGGUGAUGACCUUGGUAAUAUCUGGUAUUAUUCUGUGGAAUGGCCGGAUGAAGGAAUUCAUGACCAAUUUUGCUGGAACGGAGCCAUGACUUUACUCGCAAAAAUAAGCGCACAUACGCAACAAGUUUGUGGCAUAGUCUGGUCACCAGGUGGGGCUUAUCUGGCUACUGGCGGAAACGAUAAUGCUUGUCUGAUCUUCGAACUCCGUGAUAUCAUGCCAGUGCGCGAGCUCGACGGUGCAUCGAAGCCUUGCAAGUCAGCCCAGGCCUGUCAGUCUAUAAGCAUGCAAUGCCAGAGCGCCUUGUCUUAUCUUUCUGUGAGUGCGGGCAGACAUCUUUUUAGUCGGCGCCAUCUGAUUAGCCAUCUACUGCCUUCAUGGUCGGCCUCUCGUGCCGGACCCUCGCCAUCAUCACUCCUUAAUCAUACCGGAUCACUCAUCUCGGGAGGCGAGAGGACAGUGUUUAUACCUUCAAAUCGUCAGAAACAUCGCCUGGGUCAUUCUGCAGCCGUAAAGGCAAUUGCAUUCGCGCCAUGGCAACCGUCGCUCCUGGCCACCGGGGGAGGUUCAAAUGAUCGGUGCAUCCAUUUUUACCACACCCCUUCCGGAGCCUGCCUGGCGACAAUCAAUGUCUAUGCGCAAGUGACCAGCCUCAUUUGGAGUCAGACGCGACGGGAAAUUGUCGCCACAUUCGGGUUCGCACAGCCAGAGCAUCCAGUUCGGAUUGCUGUUUUCGCGUGGCCAAGCUGCGAACAGAUUGCCGCAAUUCCAUGGGGCCCGUAUGGCAGUAGCUGGGAAGGAGUGCGCAACGACGGGCUUAUAGAAUGUGGACGCGCCCUUUGCGCCGUCAGCUAUCCAGGUAGGUUACCCGUCUUCGUCCCAGACCAUCCCGAUGAUGCGGAUAGCAUUUCAUCGUCUGCGGCUAUGAUUCAGCGUGGGCUCAAAAAGCGUGGGCAAAGCGAGCCUGGUCGACGCAGGAUGGGGCCGGCGCUUAUACGGCCAAGAGCAAAAGAAGGAGGGCUAUGGUGCUCUCGUACCAUAGAAGAGGGAUGCAUCAUCGUUGCAUCGAGCGACCAGAGCGUCAAAUUUCAUGAGGUGUGGAGUGGUUCCAAGAAGAAUACCACAGCAACUUGCGGUCCUCUGGGAGGAAGUCAAAUCCUUGAAGGGUUGGAAGGAUUGGAGAAGCCAGGGGACGAGAUCAUCCGUUGA